AUGGGUUGGCUCGUGGGUGCAAAAGGGGGAGCUAGGGUUCAAUGGGGUAGUGGGCUGCAGACGCGAAUCACGAUGGCUCACGCUUGUUGGUCGCGGUGCCCCUCGACGAGGAUUCACUCUCUACUGUCAGACUAUUUCUCACACACUGCCAAUGCUUCUUUUCUUUUUAGCCACCUAUUAAAAGACAUUGAUAUUCUGCGUGUGAAGUAUACAGCGCUUAAAACCAUUCUUCAAUGUGUUCCAAUUAAUCAAAUCCCUUCACCAAUGGUUAUGACCCAUUUAACUGAAUUUUCAAACUUUUCCAACCCGUUUACCUCAUCGGAUCAAGUUCGGGUCAAACAGUAUCAAUACUUCAACUUGCAAAAACGGCUCGAGUCAAGCCGCCACAAGGCACAAGCCAAGCUACAACUAGCCGCUAAAAUAAAAUGUGGCUCGGCUUGUCUAGUUGCGGUUAUAACGGCUUCACUUGUUGUUAUUAUUAUCUUUUAUGGGCUUGCAUUGAUUAUGGCUAUGCCUGGAUUGGCUUCAAUGAAUUUGGGUUCGGAAAGGAAGUUGGCUAAGGUGGCGGCUCGGCUCGAUGCAGCCGCGAAAGGAAGUUAUAUAGUGAAUAAGGAUUUGGAGAUGACAAGCCGGCUUGUGGUUCGGCUUAAUGAUGAGCUGGAAUACAUGAGGAGAAGAGUGAAAAUUUGGGUUAAGAGAAGGGAGAAUAGAGUUGAAGGCAAUGAUGUUGUGCAGUUGUUGAAGAAGAAGCAUUGUAGUUUCAAUGAGCAAUUAGAUGAAUUGGAAGAACAUUUAUAUUUGUGUUUCAUAGACCUUGUGCUAUGUCAAAUUAGUGAUUGA